UUUUUGAUCAGGGGGGUGUAUGUUAAUGUUUUGCCAAGUCAGCUCCUUAUAGUCCCUCCACUUGUGAGAAAAUGAUUAAACGGCCUAAAUCCUUCAAUCAGUGCUUUCUGCAAAGAGAUUACUGAGAACGCGGUGAUUUUUGCAUAAAAUUAGGGAUUAGGUGGUUUUCUGCAAACCUUGCCUCAAAUGUGAUGGGUUUUUGCAAUUAAAUCGAGAAAGCAUUGAUCGAAUUAAUAGGAGCAGUUAUCUUUUAGUUUUCUUUGGAUCGGCCGGGUUAUUAGCAAAGAAUUUGGUGAAGUGUGUAACCAAGUGAGUAGUGAAGUUUAAUUUUCUUUUUGCUCCGUUAAAUUUAAAGAUCAAUUAGAAACAAGCACUUUUUAAAUAAAGGAGGAAAAGUAAAUACUGGGUCGUUGCUCCACUCCCCUAAAUUACGGGGAAUCGGUUAAAGUUGCUCUAAGGUUGAGUAAUCGGCUUAGAUUUGGUUAAAACUUUGGAGGUGGCUCAUUUUCUUUUUCUGAACUUUCAUACUAAAGGGCUCGAUAUUACGUAUUAUUUUCAGUUCUGUCCAGGUGGCCGCAUUGGGCCCUCCUCCCUCUCCUCUGGAUGGAGCCGGUCGGGGGAGCCAGGCUGCGGCGGCGGCGUGAGCGGACGGCGCCGUGCCCCGCUGCGACAAGGAGCUCGGCCCUGUCCGCAUCGCCUGGCCGGUCUGGUCUCCGCCGAGGACGCCGGUCUGACGCGCGCGCGUAUCCAGGCGCCGAUGCGGGGCUUGGGGGACAUCACCCGCGCCCUGCUCGCCACUAAUCGCUUCUUCGCAUCUUCGUCCACAGCCAGGGUAAGCUCGUGGCCUCUCCGUUGAUGUUGGGUGGCACCCGCAUUUCCCCCCAAUUUCGAGCCUCCCUGCUGCGCCCAACACUUUAGAUUUGGUAGUCUAAUACCCCGACUCUGAUGGGAUGAUAAUAUUCUGACAGAAUAAUGAGUACAUAUGUUUGACAGCCUGCUUAACACUGUCUGCACCAUUUCGAUACACCUCAAAUGUACUACUAGUACAUUACUAUUGAGACAAGACUGACGAGGGUGCUAUAGGCACCUCGUCUUCAUUCACAUCAGUAAUCAACCAAGUUUGCAGUCAUUGGCCUGCUUCGUUCAGACUAGGGAAUAGUAAGGAAAAUCGACUCAUUAAACAGACUUUGGUGCGAGAUGCACAUGGAUAAAUACACAGCUGGUGUGCAUGUGAGUGUCUCUGGGGUGGGGGGUGCGAGAGCUGACUUUGAUUGCAGCUGGACACACCUAUUAUUGCUUUAUUUUUAGGACUGCGAUAGCUAAUUAUUUAUCGAGUUUGGAGUCCAUUAUUAAGUAUAUACUACUGUACGUCUAGCUCAUUGUUGCGUUAAGUUUAGGUAGUAUGAAGCAUGGACUUGGGUGCUUUGUCCAAGUCAUGGGCAAGGAAUAUGCCAUGAGAUGAGGUAAAAAGAUUUCGUCUAGCAUGUGCUUGAUAAGAUAACAAGAUUAUAAGUAAGUACUGACCCCUAAAGACAUGAAGACUAGUUGUGAGAGGCAUCAUCAUUUGGUUUUAGUAUUUCGUGGCAUCAUCAUUUUUAUUACAUCUUAUUUGUAAAAUGUACACCAUUUUAGGCCCUUCAUCUUCAUUCAGAUCAGUAAUCAAUCAAGUUUGCAACCUGUUGGCAUGGCUCAUUCAGACCGGGGAAUAAUGACAAAUCUCGACUCAUUGAACAGAUUUCAGCGCGAGCUUCACUUCGAUAACAAACAAUUGGCAUGCAUAUAUAUGUGUUCUUUUUUGGGGGUGGGGGACGCGAGAGUUUGACUUUGAAUGCAGAUGCACUCGCCUGCUGUAGCCAGAUGGGUAUAAUUUUCUUUAGGACUGGGACAGUUAAUUAAAUAUCGAGUUACGUACACUCCCAACUACUAAUUAUUGCAUUGAGUUCAGUUAUGAAGCAUGGACUUGGGGCAGCUGUAUCCAAGUCAUUAACAUGUGAUACGCCAUGAGAUGGGGUAAAAGAUUCCACCUCGCAUGUUCCUGAUAAGAUAUGGAGAUUAAAAGUCCUGGCUCCUAAGCCCUAGAGUCAUCAAGACAACUUCAUAUUUUUUCUAUCCUAGUUAUAACUUUUUUUACUUUAUGUAAAUCCUUGUGUCCUCAUGCAAUCUUGACAGGAAAUGCUUACUGUGUGGAAUCAUCAGAAUUGAAAUGAACCUAGGUGGAUUAAGAACUAGACAAAGUUUGUGUGGGCGUGGAGUACCAGUACCAGCACGUGCACACUUCCAUCAACCAGUCCAUUAAGACUGAUUGGGCAUGAGUGGCCUUGGGCGCCACUAUUAGUUCACCAGUGACAAAUACACAUAUGAAAGUACUGGCCGGUGGAGAACGUAUCAAAUUUUAGAAAAGAAAAUAAAAGAAAAUUUACUAACAAUGGUCACUCAGAAUUUCUGCUAAAUUAAUCUGUUGUGCCACAAAAUUCCAGAAGUCCAAAUGGACCUGAUAAAUAAAAAGAGACGAAUUUUACUUAGGAACAGACAUGAUAGUUGGGCCCCACCAUGUCGAAGUAGAAUUGCUACUUCGUCGUGAAUGACUGUGUGGUAUCUAUUGCGGUUGAUGUUCACUAUGUGACCUGGACAGAGUUUUUCGUUUUCUGUUUUGAACUUGCGUUAUGAUGCAGUGUAGAACUCUGAAGUUUAGUUCAUGAAACUGGGGGUAAACCUUUUAUUGAAAAAGGCUAUUAUCUAAAAGAUAGUCUCGUUCCGUACCAAGCUUCUAUGGGCUGAACGAUUUUUUGCCCGUCGGCUGGCCAGUAGGAUCUGCCCAUAGUUUGCCCAUCAACAUUUUGCCCAUGGGCGUCUAAGAAUCUGCAUUUCGCCAAUCAGCAUUUCGUAAAAUGUCCUAGAAACAGUAUUAAGCAUCUGCCCAUUCAAUAUUAAUCAACAUGAUUAAUAAAGUGAAGACCAACUAUGGUCUUCUAUAGUACUAUGCUGAUGACGAAACCUGCUGUAAUUAUUUAUAUCCAAUCAAGUCUGUAACCAGUACUAAGAUAAUAUGACGUGCGAGAUGGACUCAUGGACAGGAUUAACAAACAAUGGGUUUGCUUGUAUUUUUGGUGAUUGGAGUUUGACUUUGCAGUUUAGUACUAACACAUUUAUUUUCAACAGAGGGGUACUAGGUUGUUUUUGGGGACUGGGGAAUUUAAUUAACUGUUCAACCUUGGAGUUUCUUAUUACACUCUGACUAUUCCAUCACCAAUUAUUGCAUUGAGUUACGGGAGGCGUCAUCAGUUGGUUGUAGUAGUACUACUAUUUAAGCACUAGUGCUGGGCAGAUGGACAAAAGCUACAAUCAGCAUCCUCUCUUCCUUUCACAAAAUUGGUCCUGUCCCUGAUGCUAUCGCGCGGUAGACUUGCCAUCCUUUCUUCAUUCCACAGAAUUGGUUCUGUGCCUGAAGCUGUUGCGUGGUGUAGAGCUGUAGACUACCUAAGUGGACUGUCUCAUGUAAGUCAUCUUAUUUACUCAUCACGCAUACACAUUCUUUUCAUAUUAUGUAUGUAGAAAUGCAUAGAUCUUUGAUGUAUUAAUACACUCUUGCCGUAUUGUUGAUAUUCUGUAUCAUCAUGUGGCAUAAUGAAGUCCUCUGUUAUUGAGAAAAAAGAAAAGGAAAUGCAGAGAUCUAGUUGCUAAUAAGAGUUCUCUUUAUUUUGUCACUGUAGUAGUACAAAAUUAACUUCCGUUGGAGCAAUGGCUGGCGGGCCGAUUCAGCUCUGGAAUGAGUGGGCAACCCAGAUCCUCGUCCUCCUCAGCUUGGCACUGCAGAUUUUCCUCUUUCUAUUCGCUAGGACUCGUCGACGUGGACCCUCCAGCGUGCUCAAGAUCCUCCUUUGGUUGGCAUACCUCAUGGCUGACUCCACUGCUGUCUACACUCUCGGCCAUCUCUCCAUCAGCGGUUCGCCGCAUGAGCAGAAGCUCGCGGUAUUCUGGGCGCCCUUCCUCCUGGUCCAUCUUGGUGGCCAGGAUACCAUCACCGCCUAUGCCCUCGAAGACAACCAGCUUUGGUCGCGCCACCUGCUAAAUCUAGGGGUCCAAGCCUUUGGGGUUGCUUAUGUCCUCUAUAAGCAUAUCACUGAGAUCCCCACCUCACUGGGAUUGGCUACCGGCUUGAUGUUUGUCAUUGGCCUCAUCAAGUAUGGGGAGAGGAUAUGGGCCCUCAAGUGCGCCACCCUGAACAACAUCCUGAGCUCUGUUAGGGAAGCUCAGUAUCUCCCUUCUUACUACAGAGAGCUUCCUUCCCAGGGAGUGAGGGCAGAAGAGCGAGAUGAAGAAGAAAUCAUGUUGUAUGCACAAGGCAUGCUCCCUCUUUGCAAGGGUGCUAUGGCCGGUUUUCCUGUUACUUUAAUGCGGAUGCCUAGAGUUCUGAGUGGUAUAGUCAAUUCUCUCAAGCUGGUGGAGAUGGAGCUCUCUCUCAUGUAUGACAUCCUCUACACGAAGGCUGCGGUGAUCCACAACUGGUAUGGCUACUGCAUCCAUAUAUUCUUGCCGCUCGCGACUAUCGCCGCAUCCGUACUGUUCCAUUUAAAUGGUAAUAAAAAUAGUUACAGUAGAGUCGAUGUUGCUAUCACUUACAUCUUGUUGGUCAGUGCCUUCCUCCUGGACAUGGUGUCAGUGUUGUGCAUUUUUGGGUCGACCUGGACAUGUAAUUUCUUGUUGACUAGAGGCUGGAGUAGGCUAGGUCUUAUCGUCCUGUCUCUUCGCCGGCAUGUCAAGGCUUCUAGAGUUAGAAGGUGGUCAGGCUCUAUUGGCCAAUUUAACUUGUUGCGUUUCUGCUCUCGUGACAAGACCAAGCUAAGCAUCAGAGUGGCCAAGAUGUUGGGGCUCGAGAAUUGGUGGAAUAAACUGCAUUAUCCAGAGAAUGUAGUGAUUCCAGAAGAUGCCAAGGAGUUGGUGCUCCAACUUUUGUGGCAAGCAGUGAAGGAGAUUCAUGACCCGGGAGCAAAGGAUGAGACCCAGUUCCCACCUGUGGAGAAACCAAUGGUGAGGGGGCUAGUCGAUAGCAUACAAGUGGGAUUUUGUCCUGAAUCAUACGAAGGUACUGCCAGGAGGCGUACGAAAUUAGCCGAGGCUCUGGGCUUCGGUGCUGAUUUCCAAGAGGCGGUCCUUACCUGGCACGUCUUUACCGAUGUUUUCCUCUUGUGCAGCAACACCCUGAAGAACAAGGAUGCAACAACAUCCACAUAUCUGAAGGCGAUCAAGGUGCUGUCAAAUUACAUGGUUUUCCUUAUUGCUAUACGCCCCGAUAUGAUGCCUGGCCUCGAGCUAUGCAGCCUGUACGAAGCAACUCGUGAUGCUUUGGAUCGAGUAUGGAGUACAUUUCAUGGCCGGGAGAUGCUUCAUGGCCGGGAGAUGCUUGCCCACACCCUGCACUCUGGUGAGGCCAGUGUUCUGCCUGGAAUGGAAUGCGUCCCUCUCCUGCGUGGAGCUUUGUAUGCCCGGCUGCUGAUAAAGGUGGUAGGUAGUACAGAAGUGGUGUAUUUGAUAUGCCCAAAGCGUUGGCGCUCAUCUUGGAUACAUGGGUGCGUCUUCUCGUCCUCGCGUCUGUCCAAUGCAGCAGAGAUGCCCAUGCCAGACAGAUCAACCAUGGCGGCGAGCUCACAACCGUUGUCUGGCUCAUGGAAGAACACGCUGCGCUCUUUUUUACGCCACAUCCAGAUGGCCAUAAGUGGCUUCCUCCCACUUAUGCCUUCGUGUGAAUCCCGUUCAUCGGAAGAUCCAGAAAGUGAGGAAAUUCCCCUCAGAGAGCAAUUUCGCAUGGCGUGGUUCACGAGGAAAAAAAUAGUAAAACAUGGCAGCAUGGUGUUGCUUAGCGCUGUCGAAUAAAUUAUGGAUUACUGUAUCUCCUCUGCUUAUGUUCCUUAGUUAACAGAAGCUGCGUUGUACUUUCAACUUCUAUUCAAUGCAAAACUUGGUUCUUUUUCUAUUUUGAGAUAAGCCCUAUAAACCGGAAAGGAGGGAGUAUUAAACAUGAUUAGUGUUGAAUCAUUAAAA